CCUUUUCUUAAUGACGUUCACUCAUGCCAACAUUCAGAAUAAAAAAUAAAAAAUGACAAAAGUGUGCUGUCAUUUUUCUGUCCAUCGAAUCACUAUCAAUCACUGUUGAUUUUCUAAAACAAAAGUUUAUUAUUGCGUUUCAUACGAAAAGAUGUUUCGAGCUAAUAAUUUUGAUAAGUUGCUUGAUAAAGCUACAAGUAAUCUACGCCUAGAUCCCGAUUGGCCGACUAUCCUACAAAUAUGUGAUUUGAUUAGACAGAAUGAUUGUUCACCAAAAUAUGCAGUGGCAGCAGUCAAAAAGAAACUAUACUCCUCAAACCCCCACCAAGCUAUGUUUGCACUGCUUGUCCUCGAGAGUAUUGUCAAAAAUUGUGGCUCUGGAGUCCAUGAUGAAGUGACAUCUAAAGCAUUCUGUGAGAUGCUCCGUGACCUCGUGAAGACUACACAACACGAAAAUCUUCGAAACAAGAUCCUUGAAUUGAUUCAAGCUUGGGCUUUCGCAUUCCGUAACUCACCAAAGUACAGAUCUGUUCAGGACACUGUGAACAUUUUGAAGGCUGAGUGUUACAAGUUCCCUCCACUCAAGGAAUCUGAUGCAAUGUUCUCUGCUGACACAGCACCAGAAUGGGCAGAUGGAGAAGUUUGCCACAGAUGUCGUGUGGCAUUCUCCUUGAUGGUAAGGCGGCAUCACUGUCGUGCUUGCGGCCAAGUGUUCUGCCAACAAUGCAGUGCCAAGCAAUCAACCCUGCCUAAGUAUGGAAUUGAAAAGGAGGUGCGAGUCUGUGAUGCUUGCUAUGAUAAAGUAAGCCGACCACCACAGUCUACAACCAAGCUGGAGAUUGUUGACACCUCAAACGACUAUGGACCGUCUGUACAAACACAGAAACGAACUGGUGGUAAGACAGCGGAGGAGUUGCAAGAAGAAGAAGAGUUGCAGUUGGCGCUUGCUCUCAGCCAGUCAGAGGCUGAACACAAAGAGAAAGAACGCAAGUCACGCUCUCACAUCGCUCCGGAGCCGUCUCAUCAUCCGACGUUAUCCCCGACUCCAUCGUCCGUGAGUGCAUCCCCGGAACAUAGCACGCAAGCCAACUCCGAGCUGUCGCGGUACUUGGACCGCAACUACUGGGAGCAGCGGAUAAACCGCGACAACACCGUGGCGCCCACGGCACCUGCACCAGCCUCACAUGCCUCCGAUACUACUGAGGAAUUCCCAAAACCUUCCACAACAAAGGCUCAAGAUGAGGACGCUGAGGACAAAGAAAUUGAUGAAUUUGUAGAGUCACUGAAGUCUCAGGUCGAAAUAUUUGUUAACAGGAUGAAGAGCAACUCGUCACGUGGCCGUUCCAUUGCCAAUGACACUGCGGUACAAACUUUAUUCAUGAACAUCACCGCCAUGCAUUCACGCCUGCUACGCUACAUUCAGCAGCAGGACGAUAAACGUGUCUACUUAGAGAGCUUGCAGGACAAGGUGACUCAGAUCCGCGACAGUCGCGCGGCGCUGGACACGCUGCGCGCGGAGCACACGGCGCGCCUGGCCGCCGCCGCCGAGGCCGCCGAGCGACAGAGGCAAAUGCAGAUGGCCGCUAAACUGCAAGCUAUGAGGAAGAAGAAACACGAGUAUUUGCAGUAUCAGAGGCAACUGGCAUUGCAAAGAGUUCAGGAACAAGAACGUGAAAUGCAGAUGAGGCAAGAACAACAGAAACACCAAUAUUUAAUGAAUGCUAACAAUUUUUAUAUGCCUGGUGUUUCUAUGCCACAACAGUUCCAGGCUGGUUAUCCAAACCAGCCAAUUUAUGGAAACCCACAGUACCUUCCACAAAUGAUGCCACAAGCAACUACUGAUAGUAGUGUUCCAGUGCCUGUGCCAGGACAAACACAAAUGUCAACAGCGAAUAUGCCAAUGAGCAUGAAUCCAAUGGCAACUAUUCAGUCCAUGCCUCAAUUGACAAAUACUUUUGCGGCUCUUACAACAUCCGCUGGUGGUGUUAACCAAAAUUCUGUCAGCGCUCAACCGUCCAUGAAUCAGCCCAACUUAAGACCCAACCUAACUCAACAAUUACCACUCCAACAACAAAUGAUGCUGCAGCAAAUGAUGCGCAUGGGUGCGCCGGGAGGUGUACAUCAAAUUGUUCCACAGACCCUUGCCAACGGCAUGCCUGGACAAAACAUUCCCCAACAGAAUGGUCAAAGUGCACAGUUACCCAAACAAAACCUGCCUAACCAACCUCAGCAGCAGCCCAACUCCAUGGUGCCUCAAAUGACCGUCGGCCAACAAAAUCUUGGACAGCAAAACUUGAAUCAACAAUUAAUGAACACCAACCCGAUGCUUGGACUACAAAUGCAGAACAUGAGAAUGCCUAUUAUGCAAGGCAACCAACCAAAUACUAAUCAGCAAGUUCCGGUUUCUGGAUAUCAGAACAUAAAUAUUCCUAAUCAAAUUAAUCAACAGCCAGGUGCUCAAGCUCCCAAUAUGCAAGUACAGUCACAAAUGCCUGUCCAAGGCCAGGCAUUAUCCAUGCAAGGACAGCAAAUGAUGCCAGGUCAAUCCAUGCCUGGGCAGUCUCAGGGCAUGCAGAUGAAUAAUAAUAUGCAAGCAGGCUCAAACAUACAACAAUCCCAGGGACAACAGGUACCACAUACUCAGGGACAGCAGAUACCACAGCUACAUCAGCAGCAGAUGUCACUGAACCAACAUAUGUCUAUGCCUAACCAGCCAAUGCAACAACAGCCAGGGCAACAAAUGAUGAUGCCAGGGCAACAAAUUCACCAUCAAGGUCAAACACAACAAGGCCAACUGCAGCAAGGCCAACUACAGCAAGGGCAAUUACAGCAAGGUCAGUUACAACCUGGUCAACAACAAAUUAAUCAAGGACAGAUUCCAACUAGUCUCCAAGGGCAACAAAUGCUUCCUGGACAGCUACUGCCUGGAAAUCCAGGUCAGAUGCAAAUGGGUCAUCAGAUGCAAAUGGGGCAAGUACAACAGAUGCAACAGGGGCCUGCUAUGCAAGGUCAGAUCCCUCAGCAAAUGGGCAUGUCCCAACAAAUGUCACAAGUACCACAGGGGCCUCCUAUGCAACAGAACAUGCAGCAGGGUCCACAGAAAAUGCCACAACAAAAUAUGCCUCAGGGGCAGAUGCCGCCUGGAAACAACCAACAAGCCCAGACACCGGGCAAGCAAGAACAUAAUAACAACACAGGCGAGCUGAUCAGUUUCGAUUGAAACUAACCAGAAAAACGUUGAGCGAUCUCUGCAAAUUAAUGACUGGGAAUAUAUAACUUGUUCUAAUAUUACGUAAAAACUUAUAUUAUGCAAAUAAUAUUUAUGCACUUAGAUAUUGUGCUACAUUGUCAGUUUUUAAACCAAAAUAUUGUCUUGUAUAGAUAAAUUUGAGAUUUUAUAGAUUAUAAAAUUGAAUGCCUUUACUUAUAAAUGUUGUAAAUGAGAGAUGAUUGUAAAGUUUUAGUCCAUUACAUUAUAACAUGGGUUGUUACAACGAUGUACCCGGUUCUAUGCAUUUUGAGAAUAUAAAUUGUAGCUGUAACUUUUAUAAGUAAAGUGUUUUAAAGCUUUUUAAUUAAUAUUGCAAAUAGUUAACAUUAAUUUAUAUUACUGUUAAGGUAGUUCCAGAUCAAAAUUUGGCAGCAAAUAUGACACAUUCAUACGAAUUAAUAUAUAAUCUAUCUCAUUUGAUCAUUUGCUGUAGUUGAUAGUCCUUUUAGUUAGAAAACCUUGUAAUCUAUGUAAAUGCAAAUAUGUAUAAACUAUUCGUCGUUCUUAAUUCGUAAACCGUAGUUUAUUUAGAUAUUAAUAAAAGGAAAUUUCAAAUAUUUUAUGUUUAAUAUCUUCAUUGAUGUGGUAAAUGUUUUGUUAAUAUUUUAAGUUAUCUAUUGUAUAAUACGACGUACCAAUAAAAACAAUAAAAAAGUA